UCAUUCACUCUCCUAACCCCACACACAUGCUUAAAAGGGAUUCAGAGACAGGCACUGGCUUCCAGUCGUGGUUGGGUGAGCAAUUCGUCUAGGGUAGUAGGAGGGAUAGAGCUGAUCAUUCUCUUCUUACUGCAGAUCUCUCGCCAAUAAGAAGAGACUGCACUGAAGGACCCAGUUCAACUUUGAGAAAGAAACUAAACAGAACAAGACAGAAAUGCCACAGAACGUGGUACUAGAUGGGCCAGCCCCUUGGGGAUUUCGGCUUUCAGGAGGGAAAGAUUUCAACCAGCCGCUGACCAUAACUCGGGUGACUCCAGGCAGUAAGGCAUCUCGGGUCAACCUGUGUCCCGGAGACAUCAUCCUGGCCAUCCAGGGAGUGUCCACAGACGGUGUGACUCACGCUGAAGCUCAGAACAAGAUCAAAGACUCCACCAAUCAGCUUUUCCUCAAGAUAGAGAGGCCAGAAACUAAAAUGUGGUCACCUCAGGUUAUAGAAGAGGGGCAAGUAAACCCAUUCAAAAUCAAUUUGGAGGCAGAUAAGCAAGACGUUGAUUACUUCGAACACAAGUUUAAUGUCAGACCAAAGCCCUUCACAACUGCAAGCCAAAGGAGUGACAGUACAUCCCAGAUGCCUGGCACCCCAUCGGCUGGGUCCAAGGCAGCUCCUUCUGCACAGUAUAACUCCCCUAUUGCAUUAUACUCAGCAGACAAUGUUUCAAACACACUACAGCAGGCUCAGAUGUCCACUGUAGUCAGGCAGGCAUCGCCCAGCCCUAAACCCCUGACAUCCAUUGAAGAAUCCCAUGUAUACCGUAUGCUCCAAGAGGACCAUGAGCUGCCACAUGAACCACGUCAGUCUGGAUCGUUUAAGGCCCUGCAGGACUAUGUCGAGAGUGACGGCACAAGGCCCAUGGUGACAAGAAGUGUAAAAGCCCCAGUGUCAAAACCACAAGCGGCCACAUCCUCACUGCAGAAGCUGCCUCUCUGUGAUAAAUGUGGCACCGGCAUUGUAGGAACGGUGGUGAAAGCUCGGGACAAGUACCGCCAUCCAGCCUGUUUCGUGUGCUCAGACUGUGGUGUGAACUUGAAGCAGAAGGGCUACUUUUUUGUGGAGGGACAGUUGUACUGUGAAGCCCAUGCUCGAAUGCGAAUGACCCCACCUGAGGGACAUGAUCUAGUUACUGUAUAUCCCACUGCUUAGAGGGACGGAAAAACUCAGAACUCACACAACUGACAGUUGAAAUUAGACAAUUUGUAUUGUUUGCCCUUAUUGUGGUUAGUGUAAGAAUAGAGCUUGAACCUUCAAACUUCGUAUUAGUUUAUAAAAGAGAAUGCAA